UUUAGUGAGGAUUUCGGAAUUCUGCGAAAACUAAUAAAACAUUUCCGACGGCCACCACAGGAAACCCGCUUCUACUUUGCCAUUUCACGAAGGUACGAAUGGCGACCUCGUUCCUUCAGUCAAGAUUUCUACUACACACAUUUUCUAGGCAUCUUUGCAGCAAUACUAGCUUAAAGGUUGGCAGGAAGGCUGAGCUGUUUCGGGUGUUUUCUGCGAGCGAUGUCUGUCAGUUUGCCGAUUUGACCGGCGACACAAACCCACUUCAUUUGGAUGAGAAAUAUGCUCGAACAUCAACACAGUUUGGUCGAUGCGUGGUUCAUGGGGCCUUGGUGAAUGGGCUGAUUUCUGCUCUGCACGGCACCAUUUUACCUGGACCAGGAUGCAUUGUGGUCUCACAGCAGCUCAAGUUUAUGUCUCCUUUAUAUGUGGAUGAGGAAGUGAGAGCAGAGGUGGAGAUACUGAGUCACAGGCACCAUAUCAUGAAGUGCAGUGCACGGUGUACUGCUACAGAAAGGAAUGAGGUGAUAUUGGUUGGGGAGACAAGACUUGUCAUACCAAAGAUGUGAAGUGCCACAAACUUUGCUCUCAGUGAUGGACUGGAAUUAUCACAAAGAAAAGAAUGCCCCCCCCCCCUAAAAAAAUAUCUAUUAGAAGGAUACAAACAUUGACCUGGUUGGAAUCAAGACCCUAAUAAUUAAAAAUCCACAUACAGUAAAUGUUGGAAAAUUCCCGGGCCUUGGGGUCCAUGGGUUAAAUCUGCAAUUUGAACCGUCAGCGGGUAUUUUGUAGUUAUUUUGUAUUUAUAUUUGUAAAUUGGUAGUAUUUUGGGGGGUCAAAAAAACCUCUGGGUCCAAGACCUGACAGAAAAUUUUUAGUUUUUAUGAAUUUUCCGGUCGCGAAUUUUCCAACAUUUACUGUAAUAUAUUACAUAUGUGAAGUGAGGCAAAGGUAGCCGAUUUUUUUUAUGCUUCACAUGGGUAAUUAAAAUGAUCACCUUCUAACAAUUCAA